CAGUGACGUCAGACUCUGCUCUAUAGCCGAUGGAAAGGCAACCCAGAAGGUUCGCCAGUGGAACCAAAUUUGAACCAGAACCCGGUUCUUUUUGGUGGAAAGGGAACAUUAAAAGUGGACCUGUGAAGACCUCGACUUUCCACUGAUGCAGUGUUCCCUGGAUAUAUUGAGUGACAGAUAUCUCUUCCAAUCAGCGAUAAUAAAAUCACACUUCUCUGCCACUGUAGUAGAAACCCUAUUGCUAAGAGAAACCAAAAGUUUUCCAACUUUUCCAACUCCUCGUUCACAAGGCGACUUUCAAAAGAGCAAAACAUUUUGUCUGCAAUCUUUUCUCACAAGUUUCUUUUCACUGCAGUGAUCAGCUAUAGAGAUUAUCUACAAAGUGAAGAUGAAUCACACAAAUGAGACGCUACCUUUUCAGAAGUCUGAAUCGUCACAAAACACCACCCAAGGAGACCAGUUACAGAGAGCAAAUGUAGACGAACCCAUUAAAAAUAACAAGUUUUUAUGUGAGCUUGUACAGGAGUGUGGAGGUGGAUAUUAUGUAUUCAAAAACAAAGACCUGGGGAACAAAGAUAAGGUCUGUGUGCUGCUGCAGAAAAUAGACAGAAUGAUUGAGAACAAUGGAGGAAACAGUAAGACAUUUGACGAAGCAAAAAAAAUCCGACAGGAGGAGGAGAAAAAUGGAGGAGACAACAGAAUGGAGAGAAUGGAGGAAGAACAAAAACAAAAAAAAGAAGAACCAAGACAAGAUACUGUUGCUGCUGGUGGUUCUGCUGCUGCUAGUGCUAAUGUUGGUGCUCUUUUUGGUACCACUGCUGGUGCUGGUAGUGGUGGUGCUUCUGGUACAGGUGGUGGUGCUACUGCUGGUGGUGCUACUGUUGGUGCUGGUAGUGCUGCUACUGCUGGUGCUGGUAGUGGUGCUGCUGGAGGUACUGGUAGUGGUGAUGCUUCUGGUACAGGUGGUGGUGCUUCUGCUGGUGCUGGUAGUGAUGGUGCUGGUAGGGGUGCUGCUGCUGGUACAGGUGGUGGUGCUACUGCUGGUGCUGGUAGUGGUGCUGCUGGAGGUGCUGGUAGUGGUGAUGCUUCUGGUACACAUGAUGGUGCUACUGCUGGUGCUGGUAGUGGUGCUGCUGGAGGUGCUGGUGGUGGUGCUGCUGCUGCUACAGGUGGUGGUGUUACUGCUGGUGCUGGUAGUGGUGGUGCUGCUUCUGGUACAGGUGGUAGUGGUGCUGCUGGAGGUGCUGGCAGUGGCGCUAUUGCUGCUGCUGCUGGUGCAACUGCUGUUCCAGCUGGAGGUGCAGCUGGAGGUGCAGCUUCUGGUGGAGCUGGAAGUGAUGCAACUGAUGCUGCUGGAGGUGCUGGCGGUGGUGCUGCUGGAGGUGCUGGCGGUGGUGCUACUGCUGCUGGUUCAACUGCUGCUGCAGCUGCUGGUGGAGCUGGAAGUGCUGCUGCUGGAGGUUCUGCUGCUGGUGCUGCUGCUGGUUGGUCUUCAGGUUGACGUGCCGUUGCUAGUAUUGCUGCUGCUACUGCAGCUGGUGGUAGUGUCUUUACUAUUGUUGCUGUUGUUGCUUAUUUUGUUUUGAAAUUUAUAAAGGAGUACAGUAUAUAUCUUUUCAUAGUUUUUGGUGCAAUUGUCAGGACAGUUAGCUGGGCAAUUGGCAGUUUAAUGGGAUAUGGCAUACUUGGUAAAGUUCUGUGUACAUUUGGUGGCGUUACUGCUUGUGUUGGUUAUCUGGUUGAUUCAAAAAGAAAAAAAGUAGUACAUAAGCUGAAGCUAUGGACAGUAUACUGUCACUAUUAAGUGUUUCCUAAGCUUUCUUAAUGGAUAUUAAGCACUUAUUCAGCCAUUUGCUAAUUAACAUUAACAAGUAAAGUUGAUUUUUAUAUCAUAUAUGUUUGCUUAUUUGAAAUCUUGUACAUCUCAUUUAUUAAAGGUUCAUGUAUUAUUCAGAUUUCACAUACAUAGAUAUUAUUUGCUCUAAAACAAUAUUACAAACAAUGGCUAAUUUACCUGUAAAGCUGUUCAUACAAUCAUGCUUACCUGUAAUAAAAUUUAGACAAGUGUUUUUGCAAAAUUAUUGUUUUGCACAUGAUGAUUAUGAUGUGUUUCUCUAUAACUACAGUCCAGUGUGUGUGUAUGUGUGUGUGUAUGUGUGUGUAUAUAUAUAUAUAUA